CUGGCGAAGGCUACGGCCGACGAGACGUCGUCUGAAUCUGACAACACACCGAUUUGUGUAUAUACAGACAAACAAUACGUAUUGACAAGGAGAGAGAAAGAUCACGAGAUUAAAGACACAAGGGUGAUACAUGGGAAACCAGAAACUAAAAUGGACAGGGGAUGAAGAGGAUGCGUUGCUCGCCGGAAUUGCAAAACACGGCGCCGGAAAAUGGAAGAACAUCCUCCGUGAUCCCGAGUUCUCUGAUCUUCUCAUCAAUCGCUCCAACAUCGACCUCAAGGAUAAGUGGCGUAACUUAAGUGUUGCACCUGGUACUCAAUGCUCAAAAGAUAAGGCAAGACCUAUAAAAUUCAAAGAAGAAGGCGUCACUCUGGCUACUCCACCUUCUAAUGCUAACUCUUCUACUUCUUCACCAGCUAAUUCGAUUCCGCGCAGUGCAUCUUCUGAUAACUUUGUGGUGGAUACGAAGAAUGCUCCCAGGUAUGAUGGGAUGAUAUUUGAAGCUCUCUCUGCUUUAGCGGAUGCUAAUGGAUCUGAUGUUGGUUCCAUUUUUAGCUUCAUCGAGCCAAGGCAUGAAGUGCCACCAAAUUUCAGAAAAGUCCUAAAUUCAAGACUGAGAAGGCUUGCUUCUCAGGGAAAACUUUCAAAGAUUAGCAACUCAAAACCUUUACUGAACUUAUAUAAGCUACCAGAUAGAUCAGAAACAUCAACAAGAACAAUAACACAUGUCCCAAAACUAAGGGAGACAAAUAUAAAACCCCGGCAUACAAACAAUCCAACCCCCUCAGUUUCACAAGAGAUGAUCGAGGAAGCUGCAAUAACCGCUGCUUGUAAAGUUGUAGAGGCAGAGAAUAAAAUACACGUUGCCAAAGUAGCAGUGGAAGAGUUGGAGAAGACUACUAAGCUUGCGGAAGAAACUGAUCUUCUGCUGGAGUUAGCUAAAGAGAUACAUGAACAAUGUUCUCGUGGCGAGGUUGUGGUAUUGGUUUGAGUCUAUGAGGCGUAUCUUUGAGCUUAUCAGUCUUUCCUUAAGUAACAAAACUCGCGAUUUUGAAGAGUUUCUUCUGAUGGCCAGCUAGUAUACACACAGCAAGGGACGUGGGAGUCUCGGGUUUACUUGUUGAUAUAUAUAGACAAACGAAAAAAGAAACUCUGGUUUAAAAGGUGAGGCUCUGUUUUUGAGUAAUACUAGGGUUAUAGUCGCCCCACAAAUGCGGGAUCGGAGACUUAUUUAAUUUGAUGUAUUCUAUAAUUUUAUUAUAUCUUUUGACGUUUACAUAAAUCAAUAUAAGUUAAAUCAAUAUAAGUUAAAUCGAUAUGACGUGUGAUAAUCUUUCUUAUUAGUUAAUAAAGUUGUAAAAGACCAUAUAUAUUGGCAAC